GGCGGAGGUCACGUAGCUCAGGUUCCCCGCUCUUCCCGCAUCUGCUCCGGGGCCGCCGUCCGAGAGCCACCAUGCCGAUGUUCGUCGUGAACACCAACGUGCCCCGCGCCUCCGUGCCGGACGGGCUGCUCUCGGAGCUCACCCAGCAGCUGGCGCAGGCCACGGGCAAGCCGGCCCAGUACAUCGCGGUGCACGUGGUCCCGGACCAGAUCAUGGCGUUCGGCGGCUCGAGCGAGCCGUGCGCGCUCUGCAGCUUGCACAGCAUCGGCAAGAUCGGCGGCGCGCAGAACCGCACCUACAGCAAGCUGCUGUGCGGCCUGCUGUCCGAGCGCCUGCGCGUCAGCCCCGACAGGAUCUACAUCAACUACUACGACAUGAAUGCGGCCAACGUGGGCUGGAACGGCUCCACCUUCGCCUGAGCGCCGCGCGGGCCCCGCCUGCCCCGCCGCCCUCUGCCCCUCUGCGCCCUCGCCCUCCCGCGCACGAGAAAUAAACGGUUGAGACGCCA